ACACACCUGGCUUCGCAUCAUAUCACACAAAAUAAUCCCUCUUUUUGCGGUGUUCGGCUGUUCAGCGGUGAAACUAGUAGUAAAACAGUAUUUUGCAUUAAAUUGACCUACAAUGGGCGAUCGCAAUCAUGAUCCGGGUAUUAUGGAUAAAUCGAUGCGUUCGGUGUUCGUGGGCAACAUACCAUAUGAUGCGACCGAGGAAGCCUUAAAGGAGAUUUUCUGUGAGGUUGGCCUGGUGCUAUCCAUGAAGUUGGUGUACGAUCGUGAGACUGGCAAACCGAAAGGCUAUGGGUUUUGCGAGUAUAAGGACAAAGAGACGGCUCUCAGUGCGAUGCGUAACUUAAACGGGUACGUAUUCGGUGGCCGGCCGCUCCGCGUGGACAACGCUUGUACGGAAAAGUCACGCAUGGAAAUGGCCGCAUUGCUGCAUGUAACUCGUGCAGAAAGUCCGUACGGCGACCACUGCUCGCCACAACAUGCGCCGGAGGUUAUUACGAAGCAUGUUAGUAGCAUGCCACCGGAACGCUUACACGAGCUAAUGAUGCAGAUGAAACAGUUGGUUCAGACGAACCUGUUCGAGGCACGCCACUUGCUAGUGCAAAAUCCUCAGCUAGCUUACGCUCUGCUGCAAGUACAGGUGCUCACCAAGGCGAUUGAUCCAGCUGCAGCCUAUUCGUUCCUGUACAAAUCGCAAUCCGCUCCUAACUUCAGCGAGCAAUUCCAACAAAACCAACCUCAAGGUGGAAUGCAGGGAAAUUCGGGACAAUUCAUGCCACCGUUCGGUGCCAACGGGAAUGCCGAAAACUUUCGUCCAAAUGUGGAUCCUAGGCUUGGACGUCAGGCCACAGCGGGUGCAAAUGAUUACGAUCAUCGGAAUCGUUUUGCAGCCGGUGGUCAGGCGGCACAAAGACCAACGCCAGUACCUCAGAAUGCACCACCAUUUCCAACCGACCCUAGGCAGCGGCCCGUCGACCCACGCAUGGGAAAGGAUCCUCGCUUAAUGAAUGCAGCAGGUGUUCAUUUUGUACCAAAUGCAAAUCAACCCCAACCAGGUAGUGCCGUGGGAAGACCGAUGGUCCCACCACCCAGUGCCGCUUCCCUGUCAGCAGCAUCAUCCGGUCUGAAUUUGGAUCCACUUCCCAGCGAUGCCACCGAUCAAGAAAAGGCCACACUUAUCAUGCAAGUGCUGCAGUUGUCAGAAGAACAGAUUAACCUGUUGCCCCCGGAGCAACGCAAUAGCAUUCUGGUGCUAAAGGAGCAAAUAGUUAGAAGUACACAAAUUCGAUGAAUUUAAAGAUAUUUUGAAAUCUGUCGCUCGGGAUGAAGUUCACGUAGAAUAAUUCUCGAUUGUCUAAAAAUGGUAAACAAUAAAAUGAUUGCAUCUAUUGGGAA